AGAGAGAGAGAGCUCCACGUAUAAGUGACAAGAUCAAAAUAACCUUAAUUUUACGCGCGAUCAGUCCCCGCGACCGCGAUUCCUUGGUGCAUUUCGAUUUUGUUGCAACACACACGUCGGUCGCGCGCGAGCGUGAUUCCUCUCCAAAAAUGGUGUCCGUUUUGAAUACUGUCGAUACCGGCCACGAGGACAUGAUCCACGACGCCGAAAUGGAUUAUUACGGUUUGAGGUUAGCCACUUGCUCGAGCGACAACUCCGUCAAGAUAUUCGAUCUGAAGAACGGCACCCAGAGCUUGGUCGCCGAGCUCAAGGGACAUAUCGGUCCCGUGUGGCAGGUGGCAUGGGCGCACCCCAAGUUCGGCAAUCUUUUAGCCUCCUGCAGUUAUGACAGGAAAGUGAUUAUCUGGAAAGAACUUGGAGAAUGGACAAAGGUGUACGAGCAUACAGGCCAUGAUUCCUCCGUCAAUUCUGUCGCAUGGGCGCCGCACGAGUUCGGCCUGAUUUUAGCGUGCGGCAGCUCGGAUGGGUCAAUCUCCAUUCUCACGAACACCGGAGACGCUUGGCACACGCAGAAAAUACCAAACGCUCACACAAUCGGCUGCAACGCGGUCAGUUGGUGCCCUGCGAUCGAUUCCGGCUUCGACGCCAACGCAACGCAACAGAGAAGCAGCCCUGUUAAGAGAUUAGCCACUGGUGGCUGCGACAACUUGGUGAAAAUCUGGAAAGAGGAAGGCGACAGAUGGGUGGAGGAGAACAAGCUGGAAGCGCAUAGUGAUUGGGUUCGAGACGUAGCUUGGGCACCGGCUGUCGGUCCCUCCAGAGUCACUUUAGCGUCCUGCUCGCAAGAUCGCCGUGUGGUCGUCUGGACAUCCAACGAUUACGCCAGUUGGACACCGAACGUUCUGAAUGUUUUCGACGAUGUAAUCUGGAACGUUAGCUGGUCGUUGACGGGAGGUAUCUUGGCGAUCAGCGGCGGGGACAACAAAGUUUCCCUGUGGCGCGAGAAUUCCGAGGGACAGUGGACGUGUAUCUCCGAAUUGAACAAGGGCCAAGGCAACCUCAACAGUGCAGCGGAUCAGCGCGCGUUAUAAUGUCACUCAUAAGGAUGUAAAGUAAACGAUAUUUUAUACAAGUACGAGCGUUGUAAAUUAAUAUAAAGAUUGUUCGACGGUACUGUUA